UCAUUUCUUCAAUGACAAGUGAUUCUACUCUUAAAUGCAACACGCGAACAAAAAACCCAUCUUAUUAGUUUUUUGAUGCGCUAUUGGCUAUUGCUAUUGUCAUUCACAACGAAUAAUUCCUUAUUUUGGAAAAGACCGGACUGAUUGCUGCGAACAAUCGAGAGAAAAUCGAGGCACUGUGCACAGUCCGUUCACUGCAAGUGCAGACAAGUUGAUGGUCAUUUGGUGAUGUUGGAUGAUGAUCGAGUCAUACGAGAAAUCCUUCCGCCAUCGAUAAUCAUUUUCCAGUUGUGCUUGAAUUUUGGAAGGAUUGUGAUUUUUCAUGCCCAUAAAUAAUUCUGAACUUGUCCGUCGCAGUGGAGAAGCUCACUGAAAAGUAGCUGGUGCAUGUCAUCGUUAUCAUGAAUUAUCCGAAUUUCUAUCCACACACAUACCCAUAUUACGAUGCUAGUGGAUACUACCCAGCAGCGAAUCCUUGGCCAUACGCCGCGCAGCCGACUCCCACCGUGUACCAGCCUACUCAGUAUUUCACGGAGCAGUAUGUGAAUAAGCACAAUGUAUUUCACCCGCCCCAGGAAUCCCGCAAGCCCGAACGCGUCCUGCAUCAAAUCCCCAUUACGGAGGCCGUUCCCCUUCCCAGUGAUCCCUUUCCGGGAAGCAGUACUAGCAGCACGGUGCAGCCUUCGACGCGUGCGAGCAGUGACGCAACGGCAAAGAAACCCUAUGCGAUCGGGAAAGGCAGCACGCGCAGCCAAAGUCUGGAGGCCGAGGGAGCACCGACGAAAGGAAAGAGCACCAAAACGCAGCCCCCUGCUUAUCGUUUUCUUCCCUACGGAAAAAAUGAGGAGUGGAAAUUGGCGCCUAAUCGUGAUAUCCUGGUUGUGGACCCGAAAACCUCGUCGGCUGCGCCUGUCAAUGUGAUCAACCUGCGGAAGCCAUGUGCGAGUGUCUCCAUGGAUUACACAGCAGUCUCGCCUCCCAGUCAAACACAGGCACCUCAGAAAUACGAGUCAACAGUGUCUAACCGUUUAAAGUUGUCCGGCCCCGAUUCCCUAAGCAGAUCGCACAAUUCCGCAGCUCAUUCCCAAGGCAUCGGGAAAUAUUUGCUCCAGAAAAUGGGAUGGUCGGAAGGAAAACCUCUGGGACAUCCUUCAAAUGCCUCCUCCAGUGACCCCGAACCGCUUGCCGCGAAGCUGGGACUGAAGUUAAACAAAAAAGGCUUGGGUGUGCCUGAUGGAUACGACGGAAUUCCGGAGAAAACCUGCGCUUUUCUAAAUGAUAAAUGUCGUGAGCUUGGUUGGAAAUUACCUCAGUACGUCCUGGUCAGUGAAGAUGGACCGCCUCACCAGAAAUCUUUUCUCUUUAAAAUCAUUUUGAAUGGCGUCGAACAUUCGGCAAAUGUACCAGGCUCCUCCAAGAAAAUAGCCAAAGCAAAUGUAGCAAAAGUUUGUAUAAAUGCUCUCUUUAAUUCGAACACUGCCGAAGGAAGGGAUGGGUCUUUAAGGCCGAGCUUUGGAUGUUGACAUAAUACGAGUAUCGGUCCGAUUGUUGCAUUUUAUGAACUUAUGCGCUCUUAUGUUUUUGCAUCAACAUUUGAACAAAUGAAAUUGUACUCUGUAUAGACUAUCCCUGUGUUAGAUUGAUGAACUUUAGUAUAAUUCCUCGACUUACCAGAAAUUGCAGUAAAUAAAUUAUGGAUUUUUAUUUUUUAGUAAAUUAAGUCCUCGAAAUUAAAUUA